AUGGCUAAAGAUAAGAAGUCCAAAUCCGAAGACAAAAAGAAGAAGCUAGCCGAGAAGAAACAAAAACAAGAAAAGAAAGCCGACAAAAAAGAAAAAUCCAAAGCCCAAAAAUCCAAAUCCGCCGACGACUCCGACAAUGAAUCCAUCGACCUCGAUUCCGUUCUGGCCGAAUAUGCCAAAGCCCAAGAAUCAUUUUUGAAAAUCACUGAAGUGACUUGUGAUGCUCCUAGACCAAGAGCUUCUUCCACUCUGAUUGCUAGUCCUAGUAAUGCGAAUGAGCUGUUCUUGUUCGGGGGCGAGUAUUUUAAUGGUGCUUUGGCAACUUUCUUUAAUGAUUUGUAUAUUUAUGCUAUUAAUAAGGAUGAGUGGCAUGUGGUGACUAGUCCGAAUGCUCCUUUGCCGAGAUCUGGACAUGCGUGGUGUAGAGGUGGAAAUGCGGGUGGGAUUUAUUUGUUUGGAGGGGAGUUUUCGAGUCCAAAACAGGGGACUUUUUAUCAUUAUAAUGAUUUCUGGCAUCUCAACCCCUCCGAACGUGAAUGGACCCGUCUAGAAACCAAAGGUAAAACCCCUCCAGCUCGUAGCGGUCACCGCAUGACUUACUACAAAAACUACAUCAUUCUAUUUGGAGGUUUCCAAGAUACAUCACAAGCCACUAAAUAUCUUUCCGAUCUCUGGAUCUACGAUACAUCCAACUUCAUCUGGCACAACCCUGUUCUUCCAACCGUAAUGCAAAAGCCCGAUCCCCGUUCUUCAUUCACCUUUCUCCCUCAUGAAAGCGGUGCUGUAUUGUACGGAGGCUAUUCCAGAAUCAAGACAAAUGUGACAGGCAAACAAAUGAAAGGUGGUGGGAUGGCCAUGAGGAAUGUACUAAAACCCAUGGUCCAUCAAGAUUGUUUUUUUCUCCGAAUCAUCCAACCAGCUGAUACAUCAACACCGACUCCCCCCACUAUUCGCUGGGAACGUAGGAAAAAGCCUGUUAAUGCUCCGAAUCCUCCUCGUGCAGGUGCUACAAUGGCGUACCACAAAGGACGUGGUAUUCAGUUUGGUGGUGUACAUGAUGUUGAAGAGUCUGAAGAGGGAAUCGAUAGCGAGUUCUUUAACACACUUUUUGCGUGGAAUAUAGAACGAAAUCGUUACUUCCCCCUUGCUCUCCGCAAACCAAGGGUUCAAAAGAAGAAUAAUGGUGGAAAUGAGAGAGGAGGGAGAAGAGGAAGAGGACAAGCAAAUGAAGAGGAAUUAUUACGAAAUCUAGCAGCGCUUGAAACUGGAAAAAGUUUAGCCGAUGCAGACGAGAUGGAAAUUGAGACGAAACAAGAUGAUGAAGACGCAGAUGCAUUACCCGCCAAACAAAUCCUCAUGGAAUUUCCACAUGUGAGAUUUAAUGCGCAAUUAGCUGUUCAAGAUGAUGUUCUCUAUAUCUAUGGAGGUACAUAUGAAAAAGGCGAUAGGGAAUUUACAUUCGAUGAUAUGUACGCUAUUGAUUUAGGUAAAAUGGAUGGAGUGAAGGAGAUUUUCGGACGCGAACCAGAGAAUUGGUUAGGAAGUGAAGAGGAUAGUGAGGAUGACGAAGAUGACGAAGAAUACGACGAAGACGACGACGACGACGAGGGGGAGGAGGAAGAAGAAAACGAAGAAGAAAACACCAAAAUAGAAAAUAAACCCAACCACCUCCACACAGAAAGCACGCGAAAAUCCAAACACAAAAACAAAGAAUCCAACACCCCCUCCACCUCCAUCCCCACAACCCCCUUCACAACAACAACCUUCGACGACACCCCCGACACCACCACCACCAGUAUCUCACAACUCUCACCAGAACCCCAAGACCAACUCCCCCACCCCCGCCCCUUCGAAUCUCGUCGCGAUUUCUUCCAAAGAACAGGAAAUGAAUGGCAAGAAGCAUUAAUGAUGAAUCUUAGAUGGAAGGGGAUCCAACCGGAAUCAUUAGGUGUGAAGGAAAUUAAAACAAAGGCCUUUGAGAUGAGUGAGGAGAAGUGGUGGGAUUGUAGAGAGGAGGUUUUAGAGUUGGAGGAUGAGUUGGAGAUGAGUGGGAUUGGGGAGGUGGUUGUGUUGGGGGAGAAGGGGGAGGGUGCGGGUGGGGGUGCGGGUGCGGGGGUGGGGAGGAGGAGGUAG